UAAAAGGCAAAGCAGCCAGACGGAGAGGGAGAGAGAGGUAGAGAGAGAUGGGGUGGAAACGGGAGGACGACGAGCCUUCGGGGCGUGGCUUCGGCGAUCUCGCAAACCGCCCUAUCUCGAACCCUAAUUUCCCUCGAUCCGCGGAGGGCGGCGACCGUUUCUCGACGCGUAGGGUGGUCCGAUCGAACUGCCGGACGGAGGAGGUGGAGCCUGGCAGGUUCGUGCGCAAGUGUGAGAAGACAGAGCAGCUUCUGAGGGAUUGCGUUGGCAGGCCUCCACAGGUAGUUGAAUCAAAUACUGAGUACACUGAAGUCGAUGUCACUGAAGAAAUGAACAAGGGGCACAUUCCUUUUGACCCACCUUCUGCAGUGCCCUUCACUUUUCCCGGGCUUCAAAAUGAUAUCAAUAGUAUCGAAAGGACAUUGUUCGGAGGCUUCAGGCAUUUCUUGGAGGCAGCAGAAGAGAUGACGAAUGAGUUCUUCAGAUCAAUGGGGGAUCCUUUGCAGCGUCGAAGUGAACCAGCACCAUUUGGUCACUCCAGGCCUGCUGACGAGCAACUGAAGAAUGACCAUCCUACACAACCGAGCAAGUCAGAUUUCUCUGGCUAUUCCGGGCAGAUGACAGAUGUCUAAACAAUACAACUGCUGCAUACUGAAGUGUAUGAACAAAUCUGCCACACUUGUGUCAUGCUUUAGUUCUUGUGUUGCAUGUAGAGAGUUUGUGCCACAUAGAAUGUGUUUGUUUUGCAUAAAACCCGUGUAUGUGUAGUACAUUUUCGAUGAAUUUUUUUUUUACAGGAAUACUGAAUGUUAUAGAAUGCUUUAGUUUUUUAUUUGCAACAAUGUUCCAUUCAAUUACA